AUCACCCAUCUCCAGUGUCCCGGAGGCGAUCAGGAAGUUCCCUGGGCAGUGGUGCCGAGAGUUGCUGAGGGGAGGUGGUUACACACUUGGGAAGCAAGAAAAGGUGGGCGGUUUCCUCCCUGUUUGCUCUCUCUCUCUCUCUCUCUCUCUCCCUAUCUCUCUCUGCUGGCUUGUUAAAGGCAAUGGACGGGGAGAUGGUCAGCUCUGACUCGGCACAGCCUCCGCCUGCCAGCGCACGGGAGAAGCGGAUCUGACAGGAGAAAGCGAAGCGGCGUGGGGCUUAAGGAAGGAGAGAGAGAGGGAGAGAGAGAGAGAGAGCGGAGCCAUGCAGACUGCGAACUCAGUGACAACCAUCCAGGCGGUUGUUAAUGCUGCCUCUGAAGGGCAGAACAGCACGGUACCACCUACCUGGAACAGUCUGCACCCUUACCAGACUAAUGUUUUGGGAACAGUCUUAGCCAUAACUGGAAACGUCCUUAUCAGUAUUUCACUAAAUAUACAGAAAUAUACGCAUGUCCGACUAUUAUGUCAAGAAAGCCCAAUACCCUAUUACAAGAGCAAGUUGUGGUGGUGUGGAAUCGUAUUGAUGGGAAUGGGUGAGCUGGGGAACUUUGCAGCCUAUGGCUUUGCUCCAGCUACUCUGGUCGCUCCAUUGGGAUGCGUGUCUGUUAUUGCAAGUGCAGCCAUUUCUGUGGUGUUUCUAAAGGAGACGCUGCGUUCUUCAGAUAUUUUGGGGGGAUCAUUGGCCGUCCUAGGAACGUAUCUUCUGGUGACCUUUGCCAUUAACGUCCAGCAAGAGAUCACAGCCGCUAAAAUACAUAAAUAUAUUGUCAGUUGGCAGUUUCUAGUUUACUUGGCUUUGGAAUUCAUAUUGUUUGUUAUUUUGCUGUAUCUCUACAAGAGAAGAGGCAUGAAACACAUAGUGCUCCCACUGCUGAUUUCUUCAUUACUUGCCUCACUGUCUGUGAUCUCAGUAAAGGCCGUGUCCGGGAUGGUAACAAGCUCCAUUAAGGGGCAGAUUCAGUUCCAGUAUCCCAUAUUCUACGUGAUGCUCAUUAUUAUGAUGGCAUCUUGUAUUUUCCAAGUACAAUUCUUGAACCAAGCCAUGCAACUCUAUAAUGCAACAGAAGUGGUGCCAAUCAACUUUGUUCUCUUUACAACUAGUGCCAUCAUCGCAGGGGUGAUAUUUUAUCAGGAGUUCCAUGGUGCUGCUAUACUUAAUAUAUUUAUGUUCUUAUUCGGGUGUAUGCUGUCAUUCCUUGGAGUAUUCCUGAUAGCCAGAAACAGAGAAAAGCAGACAUCUGAAAUCCCAUAUAUUGACUUGGGCGCCAUUCCAAAACAAAGGAGCACAGAGAAAAUCCAGCCUGAGCUGAGCAACAUCAAUUCUUAUGGGACUGUACAUGAUGGAGAACAAACUGCUGACUCUCCGAGUGAAGACGCAAAAUAACCAUUAAAGUACAAAUUGGACUUAAUAUUCCAAGCCAAGCAUUAACUGAACCUUAACACUUCAUCAAAUUAGAUAUCCUUAGUUUUUUCUAGCUGGGGCUAGGAUCCUUCGUUUGACAAUAUUAUGUCUCUGCAUCGUUGAGCCAAUUGUGGUUCAACCAGACAACACAACUGUUUACAUUGGAAAAUAACACUCUCCUUUAUUGUUGCCAGCUUUUAAAAGUAUGUACCGAAAGGACACUCUUAACGACCUUUUUUGAUAUCAGCCAACUUAUUUUGGGCCGAAAAGAUUCGACUAUAUUUUUGCACACAACUCUUGACAAAUGGACACAAGCUUAUUCCAAGGUUUAGACAAAGAAACAAGACAGAAAUUCUUUCUUUUAUUUAUUUUAUCUGUUGUGUAAAAUGCCCUUAAGGAGAAGGUCAACUUAGCUGUUCCAUUCAAUAGAAGUGCAGAGGAAAAUCAAUCAGAAAAAAUGUCAUCCAUUCUAGGGUAAAGGUGUAGAUUAUUUUAAGAAACAAGAACAUAAACUCAUAUCAUGUCCUUCAUGACCUCAGAACAUACUAAAGCUGAUAAUAAAGGAUUGGGGGGCAUAGAUUUAAGGUUUUGGGCAAGAGAUGUGGGACUAUGUGAGGAAGAACGUUUUGUACAGCGAUUGGUUAUGAUCUGGAACUUGCCGCCUACAAGGGUGGUGGAAGCAGAAGUUAUGAACGAUUUCAAAAGGAAAUUGGGCAGGCUGUGAAAGAAAUAAACUUGCAGGGGUACAGCAGGGGAAUGGGGCUGACUGGAUUGCGCAACAGGGAGCUGGCAUGGACUCGAUGGGUCGAAUGGCCUCCUUCUGUGCCAUAAUGACCCUAUGAGUUGCUUUCCAACCAAUGAAGUGCUUUUGAAGUGCAACACUGUUGUAACGUAGGACAAGUGACAGCCAAUUUGUGCACAGCAAGAAUCCACCAACAGGAAUGUGAUAUGUGACUGGGUAGGUUUUAGUGGUGUUGAAUGGGGGGGUAAAUAAAGGCCAGGGCACAGGGGAGCCCUCCUGGCUCUUUUUCGAUAUAAUACCAUGAGAUCUUUUACAUCCACCUGAGAGGGCGGAUAGGCCUCCCCAGUACUGCACUAGACUGUCAGCCUAGAUUACAUGGAUAAGUCCCUAGAGUGGGACUUGAACCCACAACGUUAAGUACUAUAUUUACAAAGUUCAGUCAUUUAUUAUUUUAAACCACAGGAUAGAAUAUUUAUUUUAGCUACGUUCAAGAAGUUACUUAAUAUUUGAUUCUUUCAAAAUGUUAAAGUUCUGCUGUCAUUAUGAAUAAAAUGGUUUCCUGUUGAAAA